AUGGGACAAAUUGGAAAAGGCUUAGACUACGUGAAGUCAAUUCCAUGCAUUUUAAAAAUCGUCGAAAUCGUAAGUUUCAUUUAUAUUGUUCAAGUUUUUAUAAAUUCAGUUUGUGAUAAAAGAUACAUAGAUACAGGUAUAUUGUCAGAACUACCCGCAAAAGUUAGAUUAAAGACCGGAUCAAGCGAGCUAUAUAGGAUGAUGAUGCGUUCAGUUCUAUAUAUUUAAGUUAAACUCAUCAUUAUGCAGCCCAUUGGAACACUCAUCAAACUUUUAUUUUGUUAAUCGAGAGCUUGAAAUGUCCCCUGUAACAAUGCUUGCAUGACUAUCAACUCUCAUACACUGAAUUCUCAUCCUCGUGACUUCGUUUGACCAUGACUUACAGUGCAAGGGCUGAGAGGCUUAAUUCACAGGCCGGUCGAAUUUAGCAGGCAUUUGCUGACCUGUCGUCAGUUCAAGAUGGCGAAAAUUGCGGACCUGCAACUAUACUUUUCUGAUUUGAACUGAGCGAGCAAAUAUAUCACUAUUGCCUUUGCACAUUUAAGGAAAAUAUAUGUAAUAGCCUAUAAUUCUUUCAACUGUCUCUGCCAGUCAGCCAGUGUAGGUAUCACAAGGUAGUGCCAAUAACAACAAGCUUUCGUUUGUAGGGAUGCAACUCCCUGAAAAUAUAUAAGGAGAAUUUCGACGUUUCGAGCGAAGCUACUCACAAUUACUCACAAUAACUCCAGACGAAGGGCCUUCGCUCGAAACGUCGAAAUUCUCCUUAUGUUUUUCAGGGAGCUGCAUCCCCACUAACGAAAGCUUGUUAUAAUUCUUUCAUAAUUUCUUAAUCGGCAUAAAUAAUUUCAAUAACAAAACGUAUGGAAAUGUCGAACUGAAAAACGCUUUCGGAAAGUACUCAUUACAGAGUUUAAGCUUCGCGUUAUACGUCAAACGACAAACGCCAGGCAAAGAAAAAUUUACAGUAUCAGGCAAUAAAGAGUAAAUGAACUUGCUGUUUUAAAAUUGAAGUACAUAUAUUUAUUCUUUCGACGAAAGAAACAAAAUAUGAAACGAAAACGUUCAACGAAAAUUUUGCCAAGAAAGUUCGAACCUGCCGUUUGCUGUUCCCGGAAACGUGAAGCUUAAACUCCCUAUUGGUUAUAGAACCCCGGUUUCCAUUACGUUUGUUUUGCCCGCGCGGGCGAAACGGGCGCCGUAUUGAGAACGACAGUGACUGAUAAAAACGAUAAGUCACUGAUAUUGUUUUUUUGUCAUUGAUAUCCUUGUGUUUAGGUUGUUCUCCUGAUCGCGUUUGCUCUUGUUGGUCACUUUUUAAAUGAAAUACCGAAUGGGUACUUUUCGUAUUUCGGGAAAAAAGGAAAUCUUGAAUUUUUCCUAUUUGCAACAAUCGUUGGAUGGAUGAUAUCCAUCGCCUUUCUGGUUAUUUUUGUCAUUGGCAUUCAUGAGAAAAUCUCAGCACUACCAUGGCCACUUGUGGUAAGUAAGGGCUCCGCCGUCAAUCGCGUACAUAGAGCAUGUCCUCUCUCCUCCGCAGAGGCUUUAGUUUUCUUAGGAUUUAAUAUUACAAUGAGAUACAUUUCACUACACUUUACAUGGCGGAUCUUGGAACACGAGCGUAGCCGCUGGGGGAAGGAGCGCAGGCGGCAAAGGGUCCGUUCGCAGGUUAGGUGGUUAUGCACACCACCUAACUGGGUACGACGAUAGAUAUUGAAAAUUCACUUUAAAGAGAGGAUCGAUAAGUGGGGCAACGCCCUUUUUGUCGGUAGAAAUAGAGUGUCAGCCCUCCCGCCCCCCGCCCCACCACUUCGGAAAUGGGCAAGAAAUGUCACUGCUUAUUAAUUUGCUCUCUGAAUUUUGCUAAGCCCAGAAAUAAAGACAUUGGCAAUUUGCCACAAACGAAGGCUGACAAUAUGAUAGCAAAUUCAUCACAAACCCGGCCCUCCCCAGAUAUUUUGCAAAAUGUCCACAACUGGAUUUUUUUCAAGGAGAAAGGUUAUUUAAUAGAGGAUUACGUUAGUUUUCUUCAUUUCAGGUUGCUAUUGUAUCAGCAGUAUGGACCAUUCUUUUACUUAUAGCAUCAGCAUUACUGGCGGCUGCAGCCAAGGACUACGAUGAUGACAUACAACUGAUCUCCGGGGCAACUGCAAUCAAUGCAUGUAAAAUUUUGGAUAACAGUAAGGCGGAUUCACAAUGUGGGCAAAUUGUUGGAGGAACG